GUCUGGUUAUGCACUUUUGAAAGUUGAAAAGAACUACAUCUUUGAAUUUUUUUGUAUUUGCAUCAUCGUGAUGUUUUUGACCGCGUAUGGUGGCAACCGAUUGGAAACAGUUUUGACUUUAUAAACCAUAUUUGGACGGUUUAGUGAAGAUUUGAGAUGAUUUUGAAAUUUAAUGAGGCUAAACUUAAGGAAUAGAGCUAUUUUCUUGAAUUUCUACAUAAAAAAUAUUGUUAUAAGCUAAUUAUUUGAAACUGUCUAUAUAAAAUGUAAGUAGAGUUCCUAAAUCAUCACGUAAUGUAAAAUAACCCUGCACUUUUAUGGGUCUAAUUUUACAUAUAAGAAUAGCCUUAUUCUUUGUUUUGUUGAUUUGCUCCUUUGUUCUUCUCUCUCUGUCAACCUUUUCAAAUCUUCGAUGAUAUUGACUGCUCUUUCAUACAUAUUUUUUAUUUUAAACUUUUGGCUUGAUGUGCAGAAAUGUCUACAUUCGAAAAUACAACUGAUUCGACAUGCCGUAAACAAAAAGGCAAAAGUCAGUGCUCUGAAGAAAGAUGCGCCAAAGUAAAACAGCGACGCCGUGAAGUGUAUAGAGUUACGGCAGUUGAUGAAAGACAAAUAAACUUACUGCAACGACGAACGGCAUACCUUCAUUCUACAACAGAGUUGUUUGAGCAAAGAGCCGACGUAACCGUAGCCUCAUCUCCUCUCUUGGAAACAGCAAAUGUGUCCGUAGUGCAUGGUUCCGCUGCUGUUGAUAGUGACAGAAAUCUGGCUGGUCGUCCUAGCAUUUUUGAAAUUGGAUCAACAUCAGGAACAGCGACCAACCCGUAUAAUAUUAACUCGUGUGCUGUCACAAACAAAGGUCGUAAAUCUAGAGCAUUGCGUCACUGCAACAUUAAUGACUUGCCUAAUACCUCUUCCACCUUGAAAACUGUACCAAACUGUAAAUUUUGUAAAGCCAAAAGAUUUCAAUAGGAAUCACCAGGAUUUUGUUGUGACAAUGGGUCGGUGAAAUUGAUUCAUUAUGGGUUACCUGCUGAAUUAACAAAUCUUUAUUUAGGGAAUUCUGAGGAAUCUAAACAUUUUCGCACUUACGCCAGAAUGUACAACAAUAUGUUUGCAUUUACUUCUCUUGGAGUGAAUUAUGACAGAAAUUUAGCAAAAAGAAAUCGUGGUAUUUAUACAUUUAGAGUUCAACGGAAAAUGUAUCAUUUCAUCGAUGACUUGGUGCCCUCGAGUCGGUCAGCCAAAAAUAUUCAGCUAUAUUUCUAUGAUACAGAAAAUGAGCUAGCAAAUCGGAUGGCAUUCUCGGACCAGCUUAACGAAUCAGUUAUCAAAACUUUGAUGGACAUAUUAAAACUCAAUCCAUACUCUGUCUUUCUGAAAUCUUUUUAUCAAAAAAAAAAAUACAUAUCCCUGAAUUAUCGAACUUUUAUAUUGUGCUUAAGUGUGACUCUACUUUAGACCAACGGACUUAUAACUUACCAACAUCAUCAGAAGUAGCAGGAAUAUGGAUAGAAGAGGAAAGCAGUUCCAACGUGUCUUUACCACACAUUCGCAUUUACACCUAGAGUAGCAAGAGCCAAUUGGUCAAUUAUUAUUAUGGUUGUUAUGAUCCGUUGCAGUAUCCGUUACUGUUUCCUUAUGGCCAGAAUGGAUGGCAUUGUGGUAUUAAAAAGGUUAUUCAAACGAGUAAUACUGUUAGGCGUAGAAGUUACUACGAACAUGAGCAGCUCCCAAGUAUAGAGAACAUCUGCUCGGUUGAGAUGCUCCUUGACAUGGAAGCUCAAUUCUUGCAAAAAAAGAAAAGAAAAAGAAAUAAUGUGUCAUGCUGUGAAUACUACUGUUACAAAUUCCAAAUGAGAGACGACGAAGAAAAUGGAGUUUUACACGCUGGCAGAUUAUUCCAACAAUAUUCGGUUGACGAAUUGAUCAAGCCUGAGACUCAAAGGCUGAUGAUCCAAACAUCGAAAUUGAUGAGAUCAAAGAAUAUCAAUCUGCUAGAUGGGUUUCGGCACCAGAGGCAACUUGGCGUUUAAUUGGUUUUCCUCUUAGUGAGAUGACUCCAACUGUUUACAACCUUCAGCUACACCUUAAAGAAUUAAUCAGGAUGCCAAGAAUUUAAACUUACUUUACAAGGAAUUUCCACAAUAUUUUGUCUGGUCCAAACGAGAUAGAACGUGGAGCCGUCGAAAGCAAGGCACUGUUAUUGGACGUAUUGUGACGUCUCACCCAACAGAGGGAGAAAGAUAUUAUCUUAGAUUAUUAUUAAUGAAUAUAAAAGCACCGAAAUCAUACAAAGAUUUGAGAACUGUAAAUGGAGUUUGUUGUAUUACGUUUAGAGAGGCAGCAGAAAAAAGAGGAUUGUUACAAUGUGACAAUAACUUGAUAGAUUGUAUGUCCGAAGCUGUAAGAUAUCAAAUGCCUUACAGUUUGGGACGUUUGUUUGCUACGCUAUUGGUAUAUUGUAAUCCUGCUAACCCAAAAGAACUGUGGCACCAAUUUGAAGAUUCUAUGUG